AUAUUUGUCCGGGUUGUCAGCGAAAAAUACCUACAAUUCCCGCUUUAUUUUUCGUUGUAGAUGUUGUACGAGACAUUUUUUUACAAAACAAAAGCUAAAAGCUCUCAUAACAUGUAGAAGUGUGUUGUUUUUAGUGUUGGAUCCCUUCGUGUUGUGAAAAUUGUGACGAGAGUCAGGAUGCCGCCGAAAACUAGACUUCGUAAAGAUCUAAAGGAAAACAACAUAAAGACUAACCAUAAAACGAAGUCGAAAACAGAUAAUACAGCUAAAGUUAAGAGAAAACCUUUGGCAGACAAAACUAACUCUGCUUCAGACGAAAAUGUAUCAUUGGAUGUUUCAAAGAAUACCAAAAUGCCAACGAAGCAAACAACAAAGACUCUGAGUGAAAAUCAAACAAGACCUCGACGUGAUAGGAAAUUGCCAACACGAUUUAUUGAAACUGGAAACAAACAACACAGUAAUCAGAGUUUGGAGAAAACAAAUGAAGCUAUCUCUCCAACAAAGGCAGAUAAAAGUAAUGUUACCCGUAAGUCCAAUAAUAACCUUAAAAAAUCUCCUUUUAAAUCUCCACAAGAGGUUGGAGACACAAGUAUAUUGGACAAAAGACCUAAGAGGGUCCAUCGGCUGCCAUCUCGUUUUGAAGACCACUCUGUUAGUCCUAGUAAAUUUAUACCUGUAACACCAUGUUUUGCUAGCACACCCAUAGCCCAGAAGCAAAGUGAACAAGUCACAAAGGUUGAUGCAAAGUCUGCAAGUAGUGCACAAAAUGGGACAGUUGAUAAGAAGGAAAGUCCUAUUUCCAGAAGACCUAAAAGCAGAACUGUGACUAAAACAGCAUUGGAUUCUGAUGGCAACAACAAUGCCAAACAAGAAAAACUGUUUAGGACAAGACAAGUUAAUAACAAGAAGUCAAGCCCUGUAAAAACUCCACAAAAACAAGUGAAGAGAUUAAUUAAUACAAAACAAGAAAUUAACAAGAAGAAAAGCCCCUUGAAAUCUCCACUAAAGCAAGAAAAGAGACUAAUAAAUAAAAGUUAUUCCUUCAGGAUUCUAGAAGAAAAAGUGCAGUCUCCAAAGAAAGCUCAAGACAAAUUAGCUGUCUAUGAAUUCACUUUCGACCCUGCCGAGGAACCCCCUCCACAGAAGAAGAAAAAGAAGAGGGUUGUUAGGAAAAGGGCUCCUCCGAAACCUAAAGUUACAGUUGUUAAAAAUAAUUAUGAAGCUAAUAUAUCAAAAACUUUACAAGGUUUGAAGCAGGCUGUUAGUAAAACACCAGUUGUAACUCAACAAAUUGAGAGUACUUCCACAAGCCAUGCUGUGGAUCAAGUACCUCCACCUAGCACUUACACAGAGACUGAACUUGUUAAUGACAAUAUGGCUACUGACGUUCAUGAUCAAAUCAACUAUUCCCCUGUGGCAUCACCAGCCUCCACUCGACCACAAGUGAAGAUAUCUGCUAUCAAUGAAACUAGGGACCUGUUGUACAAUAGAGCCCGAAGCACUAUGCAUCCAGAAAAUGUACCGAAAGACCCAUUAAACUUGUUAGAGGAACUAAGUUUCUGUGACGAACCUAUAGCAAGUAGCAGCAUGAAUACAUCUGUAAGACACCCUCUGGCUAGCCCAUGGAGAGCAGAAUUUAACAAUUUACCUCUGAAGUGGAGGGACAACACCUACACAAAGCCUAACAUGACACCAGCUGUAGAAUGCUCAAUUAUUAACUCAUUUAACUCACAAAAGAAACAUGUCUACACAAACAUAGUACCUGAAACUGCUGAGGAGCUACCAGAUAUUGUCACAAAUGAUAACACUACUAACUGGAAACAAACUAGUAUUUUGUCUUUUAUAAAAGAAGUUGUUGAAAAGAGUGAACAAAAAAAACUAAAAGCUCAGAACAAGGCCACACACAAAAAGACUGCCACACCAAACAAAACUGGAUCCUCAUCAAAUGAUAACAUCUCUAAUGAAAACAAUCUGUUUUGCGAUAAUGUAAACACUUCUGAAAAUGUAAAUGAAGAAGAUCAGGAAGUGACGAAAAAGACACCAAGUAAACGCAAGAUUGAAACCCCAGUAUCUGAAAUACCAGCCAAGAGUCCAAGAGUUGAGUUAAACAACACUGAAAAUUUCUUUGGCUUUGAUGAAAUAGAAGAUCAAGAAAAUAUAUCGCCUCAGAAAAGCAAAAAUGAAAAAGUUCGCUCACUUAGGAGCAGGUCUCGAGCUGUACUAAAAGAAAUAAAUACUGUUACUGGUCCGUCAAGGGCUAAAAUUCCUCUUGCAGCAAAAUCUAAACUUGCUCCAAAUUCUGAUGUAAUGAAUAAGCUGUUUGACAAUACGAUGUCAGCUACUGACGCACCAGAAUUGGCAGAAGAAGCAGCUGCUGAGAAUGAGAAUGUAAAGGAAGUGUCUUCAGUCACCGAUCCAUCAUGGAGAGAGAGCAUGGAGCAGAAUCCUGAAGAAAACUCAGUCCACUUGUUUGAAGACAUUGAUGUUGUUCAUCAUUUAAAGCCCACUAGAAAGAGCUAUGGAAACUGCAAGAAGGUGACAUUUAUGCAAAAAACUGUGAAUGCUGACACACAUCUGGACAACUCCAGUGAAGACAAUGAGAAUGAAGAUGAGGAUUCAAAUGAUUUGCCCUUUGAGAUGCCAACAGUGAAGACAAAGAAGGCUGCACCUAAGAAGAAGAAAGGGCCGAAAUUAACAAAACAAGAGGAGGAUGAAGUGGAAGCAUGGGCAGCGGCCUUCAACUCCAUGUGUGAAGAUGUGGAUCAGUUUCCACUGCUCCUGGAGUAGAUAAGUAAUAUUAGUUAACCUUAAUCAUGUAUUGGUUUCUUUAAUUUAGCGAAGUGAGGAUUUUCUUUUAUUUUAAUUGCGUAGCUUAUUUAUAUGAUUACGUUGUUUAAAAAUUGGUAGGUAUACAAACAGCUUCUGUGUCUAGUUUUCAACUCAGUUUUCUCUGAAAGGAAAACUCCUUGUAUGGCUAUUCCUUCAGUACCUAUCCGAAUUAUGAAAAAUAAACAUAAAAUACCUACCAAUAUUACGUAGUUGCAGGCAAAAAGUAAAUUGCGAAUUAUUACUACCCAUAUUGAUAGGAUAGGCUAUUCUCAUUUAAUUUAGCACCUACCUACAAAUAGUUUUGAUACUUUAAAUCAAUCAACUUUCCAUGACACACAGCAAAAUAAUGCUGUUCCAUCCUUACAUUAUUCAAUGGUAUAUUUUACUAUUAUUUACGUAUGUAUUUUUCUAAUUAUGAUACCUAAUUAUUAUUAUUGAUUUUGGGGCACAAUUUAAUUUAGUUGCUAAGUAUGUGUGUGUGAGGACCACUUUUGUUUUUAACUUAAUUAUAUUUUUAUACGGUUUUAGCUCUCUAACUUUCAACACAUUUUCGAUAGAUUAAUCAGUAGUUUGGUAUCUUAAAAUGAAAUAACCAAAAGUUAACAACUUAAAAACAUCAACGAAUGUCUAUUGUAUAGACUCAAUUUUAUCACUAUUGUUUUGCCAUAUUCGAAGUACAAUUUUACAUUAUUUACCUAAAGUAAUUUUAAGAAUGAAGUGUUAGCAUAGUAACAAUCUUGAAAAUAUUAUGCCAUUAGUGUUGUGUCAUCUAAAAAUUAAAAAUUUUAACUUAUAGCUGAGGACCACUGUUUUUAUUGCCAUUAUAGCCGUUUAGAAUGUGUAAGUGACCUAAAUAACAGAACCAUAGGUUACUCUGAUUUUUUAGUUUUUGGCAUGUAUCCAUUUUACAGUAGAUCUGAUAAAAAUGUCUAAACAAUAAUUCUAUUGAACUCCGUAACUUCUUAUUCUUCAUGUGUAAUUUUAGUUUGCUAUGACUGCUUAGCACCAAGUGAAAUUUAUUUUAAAGAUUUUAUCAUGGAAAUUAUAAAUAAGAAUAAUUUAUAUUUUAAUAAAAAAUCAAAAUCUUA